GCGAGCUGCAGGGCGCCACGACCGCUCGCACUUCUCACGUCGAAUCGCACGCGGACAAAGCGGAACUGCGCGUGCGUCACUUUCUUUCUCUUCCGCAGCUCGCAAAGGCUCAGCAUGCCGCCCAAGGAUAGUAAGCAGAAGAAGGAUACGGGCAAGUCCAAAAAGGACAAAGAUCCCGUCAACAAAUCCGGAGGCAAGGCGAAGAAGAAGAAGUGGUCCAAAGGAAAGGUUAGGGACAAGCUUAACAACUUGGUCCUCUUCGAUAAGGCCACUUAUGACAAACUGUACAAAGAAGUUCCCAACUACAAGCUCAUCACACCCGCUGUGGUAUCUGAGAGGCUGAAGAUCAGGGGCUCAUUGGCUAGGGCUGCCCUCCAGGAGCUGCUCAGCAAAGGUCUGAUCAAGCUGGUGUCUAAACACAGAGCUCAGAUCAUCUAUACCCGCAACACCAAGGGCACAGAUGAGGUCGCUCCAGAGAAAGAAGCAUAACAUGAUUCCAUCCUGGCUUGAGUUAUGGUCUUUUGUAUAGGUAAAUAAAUAAAAAAUUGAACUUU